CGUCCACCAUGAUCGUUUGAUCAAUCGUGAUGGUAGGUGAUUCGAGCUCUUCUUUCGCUAGUAGGCAGUAGCUGCACAAAAAAGGCAGCUUAGCUCAGCAGGCACAACAAAUGAAAAUGGUCGGUAGUUGAUUAUUACCAAAAGUAGAAUUAUUAGUGCGCUGAUUUUAAUCCUUUGUGUCAAAUCAAGGUUGAGAGGAUCGAUGCAUUGCGGCUCGUUCACAUUUGAGGCUGCAGGAAAAGAAAAGCAGAAGGCUUGAUAUUGUUUUUAUAUGCAGGAUUCAUAGCUUAGGCGGGCAUCUUGGACUGAUGAUUAAUGGUGGCUUUUCUCUGGUGUACUGGUUAAUAAUCUCCCUUAAUUAUUGAUGCUUAGUUAUAAUUUACUGACAGUCUUUUGGGCUUAGAAGUUUUUCAACAAUGUUUUUUUCCCACCGUUCGUUUUGUGGUAAUUCUUGUAUGCUUCACAGCUCUAGAAAUAAAAGCAACUGGAGGAGGAGACAAGACUGCCAGUUUUCAACGGCAACUUUCUGUCCUUUCAUAACUGUUCCAAGGUUGUUCCAGGUUUUCGAGUUGAACGAUGAAAGUGCCUUUCUCUCUAUCAGUAGACCAGUGAACAUGAUCCUGUAUGUUCUUCUGUUCCAAAUUUUGUUUGUAGGUGGAUAUGGUUGGUUGCUUGCAUGCAUAAAGGCUAUCCUCGUAGAACCAGGUAAGCAAUUUCGAUAUGCAGAAGUAGGCGGGGGUGAAUCAGCUUUGCAAUUGUUUUUCCAGUUCCCUGUUCAUCAUGUUUGAGCUGUCACCACCACCACUAACAAACAUCAGUACUCCUCUGAUUUUUUGAAUUCUUAUUAUUUCUUCUAAUUUGUAGUGUUCUUUCAUAUGAGCGGAACUUUUUGUUCACUGCCAAUGAACAAGAACGAGCUAAGUGGUGGUAGUCUGAGCCUGGUAGACCUGUCUCCACACAUAUAGCUAAGUUUUUGCAACUAGAAAAAAAUUGUUGAUGGGCUGGGGCAUUUCUGUAAUGAUGGGCUUGGGCCUUCCACCUUCCGUCCUUACCCUGAGGCUCGUUGAUACAAAUGGCCCAAGCCCUCUACCAUCACAUUUCCCCUGGUCGUUAUCUUCCACCAAAUUGGUCCUCCUUUCGAUAAAUAGCAACCAGAAAAACAAACAAAUAUUCGGGAAAAAACAAGCAAAUUAAAAUGUUAAUAGGGCCCCGAUAAUGGAAUCUAAUCCUCCAAUGAAAAACCAAACUUCGAAAUAAUCGACAGAACCAGACAAAAGUAUUGAAACGAAAUUAGUGAAAAACAGAGACUACCACCUUAGAAAUCAUAACCCAACCAAAAUAACGACCAAUAAUUCUCGUCAUCCAUAUAAUCCAUCUUGUGGCAAAUAUUCGAAAAAGAAAAAAGAAGGGAAAAGAAGAAUUACCCGAAAAAGGAUUCAUUAAUUGUGGCAAAGAGAGCACACAAAAUCCACACACCCGCUCAGAAACAGAGGCUCUACCCCGAAGCGGGUGGUUGUCCUGGUCUCUGCCAAUGUGGCAGCUAACCAAUCUUCAUCGUGUGGACGUUACCAAUCUCCCUUCCUCCCUAAGCCAAUCCUCAAAAUUACCCAAUUUCCUGAUCACUCGUACUCCCACUAUAUAGUUCCUCACUUCAUCCCCUCAUCAUCACUGGUUGGUUCCCCAGAGCUCUCAAUCUCCAGCAAGUUCACUCACUCACUCCAAAUCAUGGCCGCCACCGCCAUCUCCACCGUCGGCGCCGUCAACCGGGCUCCGUUGGCUUUGAACGGGUCUGGUGCCGGGUCAUCGGUGCCGACCUCGGCUUUCUUCGGGUCGACCCUGAAGAAAUUGGGGGGAGGAGUAAGGUCGUUCCCCAAGUCCGGGUUCAAGGUGGUCGCGGCAGCUGUCCCUGAGGACGUGGACGAGGAGAAGCAGACGGAUAAGGACAGAUGGGGACACCUGGCGACGGACAUGUCCGACGACCAGCAAGACAUCACCAGGGGAAAGGGUAUGGUCGACAGCCUGUUCCAGGCUCCCCAGAUGGCCGGAACUCACUACGCCGUCAUGAGCUCCUACGACUACAUCAGCAAGGGCCUACGAACAUACGAUUUUGACAACACCAUGGGUGGUCUCUACAUUGCCCCUGCUUUCAUGGACAAGCUCGUCGUCCACAUCACCAAGAACUUCUUGAACCUCCCAAACAUUAAGGUUCCCCUGAUCUUGGGUGUGUGGGGAGGCAAAGGUCAAGGAAAAUCCUUCCAAGCUGAGCUCGUCUUCGCCAAGAUGGGAAUCAACCCAAUCAUGAUGAGCGCCGGAGAAUUGGAGAGCGGGAACGCCGGAGAGCCAGCGAAGCUGAUCAGGCAGAGGUACCGUGAGGCCGCCGACAUCAUCAAGAAGGGGAAAAUGUGCUGCCUAUUCAUCAACGAUCUCGACGCCGGUGCCGGACGUAUGGGUGGGACCACCCAGUACACGGUCAACAACCAGAUGGUCAACGCCACCCUCAUGAACAUCGCCGACGCGCCCACCAACGUCCAGCUCCCCGGCAUGUACAACAAGGAGGAGAACGCCCGUGUCCCCAUCAUCGUCACCGGUAACGACUUCUCCACCUUGUACGCCCCUCUCAUCCGUGACGGGCGUAUGGAGAAGUUCUACUGGGCCCCGACCAGGGAGGACCGAAUCGGAGUAUGCACCGGUAUUUUUAGGACCGAUAAUGUCCCCAAGGACGACAUCGUCAAGCUCGUCGACGCCUUCCCCGGCCAAUCCAUAGAUUUCUUCGGGGCGCUGAGGGCUAGGGUGUACGACGACGAGGUGAGGAAGUGGAUCUCAGGAGUGGGAGUGGACACGAUCGGGAAGAAGCUGGUGAACUCCAAGGACCCGCCGCCGACGUUCGAGCAGCCGACGAUGACAUUGGAGACGCUGAUGGGGUACGGGAACAUGCUGGUGCAGGAGCAAGACAAUGUGAAGAGAGUGCAGUUGGCUGACCAGUACUUGAACGAGGCUGCUCUUGGUGAUGCCAACAAGGAUGCCAUGGAGAGCGGAACUUUCUACAGUUAGAUCCACAAGCGGGUGACUUUGAUCCAAACUGCAAGGAGUGAUGAUGGAAGCUGUUGCCUUUAUCAGUUCUGAAUUUGUGAAAUUUUAAGGUCCUUUUUUCUGCUUCUUCUAGGAGGGGUUUGUUGGGUGGAUUUGCAGAGGAUCAAGGGCUGUAUGUUACGUUAUAUCCCUUCUUAUUUACGGAUUGGUGUUUUUUUUUCUCCUUCUUUUUCUUCAUGUAUUCAAGAAAACAUAUAUUAAUGUUGUUAAUUAUGUUGUUCUCUUCGUCUUUAUGGAUUCCCUUUCGUUCUUUUUACUUGUUGAUGUCUCGUUAAUCACAAUGCACUUUUUAAUCCGGCAUUCUAAAAACUGUAGUCAUUUGCAUUUCUCGAAAUGUUGUUGAAGUAACAUUUACAAAUAGAACCGACAAAUGAUAUUUUCUUAGUAGCCAUCCAUUUCGGGUUCAUAUUGGUAAUAUCAUAUAUUUGGAAAAUAAAGACCUAGGACAUUAAUUUGUAAGUGGUUACCAUCUUACCAUGUUACUUAUAUAAAGUAAAGUUAAUUACAUACAGGAAUGACAAUUCAAAUUUCUUAAUAUGCUAUUAUCCUAUCCAACUCACACUAGCAUGGGAUAGGUUGUGGAUAUCUUUAUUUUAUCCGUUCUACCUCAAUUUUCUUUAAUAUAUAUAUAUAUAUUUAUUUAUUCUUCAAUCAUUUAUUUACCCAAUGAAAUAUUGAAUAGGUGAAAUUGUUUUUCGGGCGAAAGGCAAAAUAAAUGUCAAGGGGCUAUCAGCCAUCACUAGGUAACAUAGAUUUAUUGCUUGAACAUUGGCCAAAAGGGAAAAUCAAUGGUAAUGGCCCAUUGGCUGUCCUUUACACUUUAGGUUGUUGAUGGACCUAUCUUGUUAAACAUGGGGAAAGGUCCUCUAAUUAUUUUUUGGGCUUAGGCUCAUUUCAUUUCUGGUUUCAUUGUUUCUCAAUCGAGCAUAGGCCCAAUUGUCAAGGGAUCUUAAUAAAUUUGUUAAAGGAACCUUAAUACACUUUGGCGCCAUCAAUAUUUUCUUUACAACUAAACUUUUGUUUUUUCCGUAAUCACUCAAUUUCCAGUCACCACAUUAAUCUCAGAAUUACAGAACAUAAAUUAUUUGCUCAUUGAACAAAACCAAAAUCACAAGUAAACAAUAUGUAAAUGCAAGUGGACAACAUAAGUAACUAACGAGUUAAAAAUAUUUAUGUUUAGGGUUAUAGGUAUAAUAUGCCCCUCUACUAUGACGUUUUAUCAAACAUGCCAUUCUACUAUUUUUUACAUCAAAUAUGCCUAUGUACUUUGAAACGAUUAUCAAACAUGCCCUUAUGUUAAAUUUUCAUUGAAAAAAUCGUCAAUCAUGGUUGAAUUGAGAUUUAGACGACCCGACAUCGGCAAAUGGGAGAGAAAAUGUAUGUUUUAUCCCCUGUUUUAUUUCCCUACGUCUUUUCAAAUUGAAAUUAUUUGAAUGAUUUGAUUAUACAAAAGAAUCAAAAAUAUUCUAAAGUGAAUUUAUUAGGGAUGUUUUAGUCAUUUGUGUCGCCCAAACUAAAGUUCGGCCUUGGUUAACGAUUUUUGGAUGAAAAUUUUAACAAAAGGGCAUGUUUGAUCAUUUUUACAAAGUAUAAGGGAAUGUUUGAUGUAAAAAAUAGUAGAGGGGCAUGUUUGAUAAAACGUCAUAGUAGAGGGGCAUAUUAUACCUAUAACCCUUAUGUUUAUCCAUCAUGUGAACAACAGAACCAAACUUUUUUUUUUUCUUAGUAUGAAAAGGAAUCACAAGUUUUGCACAUCAGCUAUGUACACCUAACACUGUGUUGUCUAGUGCAAAUUGUUGUUAAAAUUGGCUUUAAAAAAAAACCAAAAGCAAAUGAAAGGUCAAAUUAUUGGUGACCUCCUCCCACUGAUAAACCGAACAUGAAAGAGACCAGACAAGAAAGGUUGGUACUUGCAGUGAGGAAGUGAUGCUAAAUUAAGAUACAAAAUGUGU